CAAUUAUUCGCGGCGAGAGAUCCGCACUCCGCGGAGUCGUGCGUUACGUUCUGUACGCGUCAACAUCAGCUGUUGUUUCGCUAUCGCGUGAAAUGACAGUUUCGUGGAGGUUCAUAAUGUGGAAAUCGUUUUCGUGAGGGUGCUUCUUCGUCUACCGCGGAGGUGAGCCGUAUCUGAUCUUUUUCUCCGGGUAAGAUGAACGGGAGCUUGGGAAUAAUGCGCGGACCAGAACAACAUCCUCAGAGAUUCGCGGAUUAUUUUGUCAUAUGCGGAUUAGACAAAGAUUCAGGCCUAGAGCCAGACAAGUAUUUCGGUGACUCCUUACAAUGUACACCUUUGGACCGAGCGUAUAAAAGCAAAGUUUUGGGACAUUAUCCUGAUUCUGUACCAUGGAACCCCUUCGACGAACACGCUGUGUGCAUGCUCUGCCUGCCGAGCGGCCUGAGAUUCCGAACCCAGAAACACUCGGUGGAACCGACAUUUCACUCGUUCGUGCUCACCAAGGAGGACGGGCACAGAACCUACGGGUUCAGUCUUGUUUUCUACGAGGAGUGCCGGAAUCGCAAGAUAUGCGCGGCUAUGCAAACUCUGCAGGCGAUGCACAUCACGGAACUGAGCAGCGGGCAAAACGGUACACCACCAACGGCAAGAAAAGGCCAGGAUGGACAUAACACGCGAUCGUUGCCACGGCAUUUUAAGCUAUCAGCACAUUCACCAGGUGCUGCGUUAGGCUACUACGACUCCACCAAAGACAAGUUGCUAGUGACUAAAUCGAUAUCCUUGCUAUGCCAGCAGCCUUACCUUCAUGCCGCGAAAACGUUCCUGACUAAUCUCUACAAAUGUGUUCCUAGACAUCCAGGACCUGGUCUUAGUUUAGAGUCAUACGUAUACAAUUUGCUGUACAAUGUGCCGGUACCAUUGCCUGGAAAGUCGUUAAAGUUCUUCAUUCCCAAUGACGAGCCAGCGAAAUCGCCAUUAGAGCUGGUUAUCCAUCAGCCAACGCCAUCGCAGGAGUUACAGAUGCUAGAUUACCCUCUGAAGGAUAUAUUUGCAUGGCUUGGAGCGGAUUGCGUGAUUCAAUUGUUUACAUGUGUCCUACUGGAGAAUCAAGUAUUACUCAGAAGUUCAGAUUUCCACAAGUUGAUGGUGGUAUCCGAAUGCAUAACGGCGCUUCUCUUUCCGUUUUCCUGGCAACAUGUGUACGUACCGAUAUUGCCCGCCAGUCUACAUCACUUCUUGGACGCGCCGGUACCAUUUAUAAUGGGUUUGCACGCGCAAAGUGAGGGCGGUGUAUUGAAAAUUGCCAGCGAAGCAAAUCUUUGUUAUGUAGAUAUAGAUAAGCAAAGUAGCCAAUUUCCAGAAGAGUUACCUGUAUUUCCACAUAAAAUGCAAUUUAUUGCCGAGAUUAGAGCUCUCUUAAACAAGUACAAAGUACCACACACGGGAAAGACUGAUAACACGGUCAUAAAUCAUUAUAACGGUGACAUCAUGACUAGUAGUUUGACGCUUCCUGGUUCUGGAUGUCAUCUUCCUCGCAGAAAACAUUCGUUACACGAUGUCUUGGAUUGGAAUCGACCGGAAACGACGCCACAAUCAGACACGUUACAAAGGAUAGUAGAUAUCGCUAAAAGAACUGGAGUGAACGUGGAAGAUAUCGAUUCAGUGGAAGAUAAUGUGAAAGAGCAGAUACUCUCACCUCAAGAAGAAUAUCAAGAGAUGCUUAUGUUUAACAAUGCCAUUAGAGAGAUUUUUCUGAGCCGUUUUGUACAGAUUUUUUCUAAUUACGAACACUUCGUUAUUCAACCAAGUCAGGAUAAAGAUGAAUGGUUGAAUAAUAGGGAUAGUAUGCAUGUUUUUGAUAAGGCUACAUUUUUAUCUGACCAACCCACACAGCAUUUGCCAUUUUUAUCAAGGUUUCUAGAAACACAAAUGUUCGCAUCUCUUGUCGACAGCAAAGUUAUGUCAACGUGGAGUGAGCUUGAUUUUAACACACGAGUUUUUGAUCAAAGAAUUUCUCUCUUAAGGAAAAAAGUUGGAGAAGGUAUUGUAAGAUCGACGCGUUAUGAACCUUGUACAAGUAUUGAAGAAUCGCAAAAGGUAUUGGAACAAAGAUUGACAAACGUAGAUUUUGAAACAAAUCCACCUACAGAGAUCGUUCCUCAUAGAGCAGCAUAUUUUCGAAGUUUUCCCUUGUUAGACAGUGUAGCAUUAAAUAAGGAGCCAACUCAAAGUAGUCGGAGAGGUCAGACUCAGUGGAAGUAUAAAAUGAAAUCUAUGGAGUCAAAUGGGAAAACUCCAGUACCUCAAGAAACACAAUCGCCUCGACCUCAAACUAAGCUCUCUGCAGAUAUGAGUCCAGCAUUAAUAGCACAAGCAAACUGGACAUUUGUUGAAAAAUUGCUCAAAGAUUGUAAAUCGAAAACAAAAAGAAUGUUGGUUGAAAAAAUGGGUUCUGAAGCAGUUGCAUUAGGUCAUGGCGGUGAAUCGUUAUCCGAUGUCGAAGAAAAUACGCUAGUUGCCAGUCUCUGUGAUCUCCUAGAACGAGUUUGGAGUCAUGGAUUGCAAAAUAAACAAGGGAAAAGCGCUCUUUGGUCGCAUCUUGCCAUGUAUCAAGAAGAAGAGUGCAACGACCCGAGUAAACCACUAGAUCCUAAUUUUCUUUCUCCUGCCAAGAAAUCACCAAGUAGCUUUUUUGGAUUACCAGAGCGUUUAAUUUCAUCUUUAAAGGGCAAAAAUAUUUUUGAAAUUGCUUCUUAUAUCAAGGAGAAUUUUAAUGAUUUACCAAACCUGGCAUUGGAGAUCGACUCGCCUACACGAGGCACGGACAAGCAUAAGUCUCCUGGCGACAGAAAAAUUGGCCCUGAACAUUUGAGGCCUUUGCCUAAUUCUUUGCUUUUUGAUAUUCGGAAUGUACAGGCAAUGACUGAUAUUAAAACGCAUAUUGGAUAUGCUAGAGCCUGGGUUCGAUUAGCACUUGAAAAGAAACUUCUUUCUCGUCAUUUGAAAACUUUAUUAUCAGAUACCAGAUUGUUAAGAAGUCAGUAUAAGCGCUCGGCAUUUUUGCGUUGCGAAGAAGAAAAAGAGCAAUUCUUAUACCAUCUUUUAACGUUGAAUGCAGUUGAUUACUUCUGUUUUACAAACAAUUAUCCAACUACGAAAUUGCCAUACAGGGUCGUUAUAUUUCCUAGUCGAAAAGCUAGCGCAGCUACUACUUCGGCAAAUAGUUGGAUCGCUAUUUCUGGUACAUUGUGUGAAACAAAUCCAGUGCCAAUUCCCAAGGGAGCGUUGGAAUUUGUGUUUCAUCAUAAGAAUUUGGGCGUGCUCUCUACAUUACGUAUAGGACAUGACAAUACAGGUCUUUCGCCAAAAUGGAUGGUAGAACAUGUUGUGGUGAGAAAUGAAGUUACAGGGCACACAUUUAAAUUCCCUUGUGGUAGAUGGCUUGGCAGAGGUAUCGAUGAUGGAUCUACUGAAAGAUUAUUAGUAGGUGCCUUGGUACCACAUAAUAUCGAUAGUGAAGAAUUGGUUGAAUCAUGUUCAACACCACCAAGAUGUAGGUCUCCUAGUAUACCUAGACGUCCUAUAGUGUCUCAAGUCGAACUGCAACAUAUGUUAGGAGAGUCUGUAAACGCAAUUGUCAAAUUCCACUAUAGAAGAGAAUGUCAGGAUGGUUCUUUGACUGCUUUACUUUGUGGGGAAGGUGGUCUUGUGCCAUCUUUAGAGCAGAUAUUUUUAUUCGGUUUUAAGAACCAAAGAAUAUUUGGGAAAAAUUUUUACGUUUGGGAUUAUCUCUUACGUGUAAAAGAAAAUUUUGAAAUUUCUUUGCUGGAAGAAAUGGACGAAUAUUCACAGAGGCUGAAUAAAGAUAGACGAAUUCAUGUAGAGAACAAUCAAAGAUUUACAACUUUAAGAUGUUAUUGUCAUCUUAUUGAUCAAAUUAACUUAUUCAGUCAAACUCUUGGUAAAGAUGGAAAAUUUCAGUUAUUUAUUUGCUUAGCAGCGAGAGAACAGCUUCUUCAUUCAAUGCUUCGGCCAAUGAGCGAAGCGCGCUCUACUGCAGACAUGUACGAAGAAACUUCUUUUUUAAGAAAUACUACAUUAUUAAAUUUCCUUAUUCACAUUCUUGAACCACUAAGCGAAUUUCACAUUGUCCUCGAAAAGAGCUUGACUCAUGGAAUUUCUAGUAUAUGUUAAUUUAUCAUAAACAUUCCAAUAAUUAGGAUACAUUUCUUUAAAACGGCACAAUUUAUAAAAUUCUAAAUAAUACGAGGCGAACAGGAUAAAUGUUAUAGUAUUUGAAAAAUGAUGAACUUUGUAAAACUCUACUAUUAAGAAUCUAGAAGAAAUUUAAUAAUGCAAAUGAAGACUGUUAUGCCGAUGUAAAAUAGUCGUUUUUAAAUGAUGAAUUGUUUGACAGAAAGUUGAUAUAUGAGUGAUAACGAAAACAAAGAUCUUUCUCUGUUCCGAAAGUUGAUGAUAUUGAUAACAAUAACAGUUCAGUGCAAAGAUAGAUGAUCUAAUUUCACCCAUCUUGCCGUAGAUAAUUGAUAGAGAAACUAGUUAAGAUUGUUGAAACUGAUGUAUUGUGUACCAAAGAUGUGAUCCUAUUAGUUAUUACUAUUUGUAUUAUUGAUAUUAUUAUUAUUAAGGAUUUAGUUUUUUUACAAUUUUUGCCGUAAACAGAAUAUCUAAAGAUCGUGCAAACAACGUAUAUUGCAAUAAUUAAUAAGUUAGACAAGAUAAAUAUCAAUUUUGUACGUUCCAUUAUUUAUUACAUUAAUCGAAAUCAUUAAUAAUAGGAAAUAUAACUUUGUCGAGAGAAAUAUUAGAAUAGGAAAAGAUUUACGAUUUGUUAAUUUUAAUCUUUCUCCAUCCUCAUAAAUCACAUUAUCAAUCAUGAAAAUGGUCGGUUAAUUUUUUAAUACGUUGUUUAUACACACUUGUGAACAGAUACCUGCAUUAUUAGUUAAUACUAUUUCUUUUACCUUUUUUUUUUUAUCGAAUAUGAUCGAAGAUUAUUUUAUUUUUACUUAUACGAGUACUGAGCUACAAGAAACAAUAACGUUAAAGUUUAAGAUUUAGUAUUAGCAAUUUAUAUUUCUUCUCUUGUAAAAUUUGAAAUUCAAUUAGUGUAUUGUAGUUUGAGCCGAAAUCAGAAGCACUUAAUAUAUUAUGAGAAACAUUUAUGCGCAUAUUCAAGAAAAAAUGGACCAACCGAUUUAAUCAUUUAUUACAAUUUUCGAAGUGUGACAAUUGAUUUUUGACGUGCAAGCUGCUUCUUCGAAGUUUUGAUAUAAUUGAUGAUCAAGAUAAGCAGAAUACUCUACUAAUUUGAAGAAAUAGCUUUCAGAGUACAAUUUUAUCGCUAGCAUUUGACUGACAUUCAAUAUCACAUCCCAUUGCUAAAAACUGUUCUUUCAUAUUAUUAACCAGUGUACUAUUACUCAUUCUUUGUAAAUCACGCGUGAAUAAUAUUUUUAUCAUAAGCUUUAAUGUUUAACGAGUUUACUUGGGUAUACUACAAUUUUUGAAAAAAUCUUAAUAAUUUCAAUGAUACUAAAUUUUUGGGGGUUUCGUUUUACUUUUUUGCUAUUUUAUUCUAAUAUUAAACAGAGUUAAAAUUAAGCAUUACAUUUAAUUUUAAAUAAAGAAUUACUAACUCUAAAGAAUUUUAAGCAUUGAACAGAUAUUUAGUUAAGUAAACAAAUUUAAUACAACUAUUUCUUAUUUUCAAUUCACCUUAAAUUUAACUACUUUUGUACCUAAUUUUUUAAAAAAUAUUAAUUUCAAGGAGAAAUAAUUUUAAAUAUCUUUUGUUGAUGACUGUAACCAUAAAAUAUAUAAGGUUCCAAAGUCAAACAUCAAGUAUGUAUUCGUACGUGUUCAUUGUGUACAUUCAUGACAUUGAUACAUAUUAAGAAAUAAUAGCGAGUCUCUCACACCUGUGGCCAAAUUUAAAAGUUUACCGUGUCAUCUUUUACAUAGAUCCGUGAAUGUAAAACUUUAAUUCUAAUCUCUGUUAACACAUUGCUUAUUAACUAAGAGUAUCUUUUAAUAUAUUUUUCAACGUUAAGCUUUUUAUAUAAUAUCCGUUAUUACAUUUUAAUCUUUCUGAAAAUAGAAUGAUUCUCUAUCUCCUCAAUUAUAAAAUAUAAAUUUACCAACGUAUAUAUCAUAUAGAAAUUUUAUAUCUAAGUAAUCUAUACUUAUAUUUGCAUUCUAUUGUAUGCUGUUUUAUCAAAUAAUAUUGAAGUAGAAAGCAAUGUGUUAAUAAAUGAAUAGGAACGGACGAAAAAAAGAAGAGUAUAGUAUUUGUUAGUUAUGUAUCAUUAGUUGUUUCAUCCGGAACAUACAUUAAGAUUCGUUUGUUAAUUAAUUAUGUUGCUGUAUAUUGUUGACAAAAAUAAUGAAAUACUCGCUUAAUGAUCUGGUUGGGUUACUUUCUCUAGAUUUUGUAGGAAAAAAUAAAACGGUUGUACACAUGAAAUUAUGUUUCAUAUCAUUUUUAAACGGAUUAUUGUAUAUUUUGUUGUUUUAACAAUAAUCACGUUUAGUCAAAAGGGGAAACAAAAAAUCGUAUUUUAGGUAGUUGUAAUAUAUGUAUUGUGAUCGUUUUGUUGUUAAAUUGGAGGAUAGUGCGUUGCAUUUUAUAUUAUUUUACUUUAUUAUGCUUUGGAGCAUGCCUGGUGUCGUCAUGUUAAAGUUGCCUAUAAUUUUAAUCUCUCUAUGAUCUUCAAUAAAGUCAAAUGUUAAAUGGAAUUUAUACAAAAUAUGUACAAUAGAUAUUUUUAAAAUAUUAAUAUUACAGAAAAAAAUUGUGAGAUAAAUUAAAAGCUAUAAUGAAUUAUGUAUAAAUAAAAUUUUUUUGUUAUUUUUAAUAUACAGAAUGGUUCAUUAUUAAAUAAAAUAUUUAGGAUUAUAAUUUUAUAAAUUUUUACUUGGGAAGGAUUGUAAAAUACUUCAUAUAUCAACAAAAUUAUAUAUAAUUAGUGCAAACACGUAGUUAAAGAGCUUAAAAUAUAAGCUUCGUAAUAAUAUUUCAGACACUUCAACAUGACGAUGUGCGCUUAUCCACAAUACUCAAACAAGUAGUUUAUGCGUAAGUUUCGAUCUAAGAUUUAAAAGUCAUGUCCAUGUAAUCACGAUCUAUGCUCGAUCGUUCCAUAGAUUCCUUACCAAGUUUGUACAUAAAUUAAAAAUUACAAAGCUUCAUGUAACGUAUAAUAGGAUCUUUUACAAGGUAAGCGCCGCAUAAUAUAAUUGUAUAUAUAUAAUGUAAAACAAAAUACUAUAAUACUGUACAGUAGAAUAAAGAAUUAUCAAAACUGAUU